AGGACCCCGCCUUGUUGAGACCGUACGCGUGGUGUUUGUCUAUGUGAGACAUCAUCAUUUUAGUAGUAGCAGAUUUAAAAGAAACUGCAGCGAAGUUUCUAGUUAAUGCAUAACAGCUGAGGGUUAGUAGCGUUAUUGUUAGUGUUUUAUACUUUCACCAUGAGCUGUCAGAUUACUUGUGUUAAUUGGGUGAGGAGAGGUAUCGCAAAAGCGAAUCCUGACAAGGUGGAACUGAAGAAGGAAGAGCUGCAGACUCUCAUUGCAGAAACAAGGAGACAACUAGAAGAAGAAGUAGAUGAUGAUGAUGAUGACGACAGUGGACAAGUUGUGGAAAAUGCAGUGGAAGGUGGUGAAAUUGCAGGCGAAGAUUGUGAAGAUGAUUCCAAUGCUCAUGCGAAAACAGAUGUAGAUGAACUUGCAGAAUAUGACUUAGAUAAUUAUGAUAAUGACACAGAUACAAAUAACCUAGGGGACACCUUGGCGGGGCUGACUGUUUAUGGCAAUAAUGAAGAGGAUCCUUACAUUACCCUUAAGGAUACUGAUAUUUAUGAAAGAGAAGACUUUGAAAUAAAAUCGAAUGAUAAUUUGAUUUUGGCUGGAAGAGCUGAGAAGGACUGCUGUAAUUUGGAGGUUCAUGUUUAUAAUAAUGAAGAAGACUCUUUUUAUGUACACCAUGAUAUCCUCCUGCCUGCCUACCCAUUGUGUGUUGAAUGGCUGAAUUUUGAUCCAAAUAUGGAUGAGGGACCAGGUAAUUAUGUUGCUGUUGGUAAUAUGACUCCUGUGAUAGAUGUAUGGGACCUUGAUGUUGUAGAUUGCCUGGAACCAGUGUUUUCUCUUGGGAAUGCUAAAAAAGCAAAGAAGAAAAAGUCCAAAAAAAAGAGUCAGGCAGCAGAAUCUACAAUGGGACAUUCAGAUGCUGUGUUGGAUUUGUCCUGGAACAAACACAUUAGGAAUGUUUUGGCAAGUGCAUCUGCAGAUAAUACUGUGAUUUUGUGGGAUAUGGCUCAAGGCAAGAUGGCAUCAACUCUCACAGUGCAUACAGACAAUGUUCAAACACUUAAGUUUCAUCCAUUUGAAGCACAAACUCUUAUAUCUGGAUCUUUUGACAAGUCAGCCAUUCUGUAUGACUGCAGAAAUCCUCAAGACAACCACAGAAUUUGGAGAUUUAGUGGUCAAGUUGAAAGAGUCACCUGGAAUCACUUUUCACCAUACAAUUUUUUGGCUAGUACAGAUGAUGGUUUUGUGUACUGUCUGGAUGCCAGAUCAGAUAAGCCCAUCUUUACUCUCAAAGCUCAUGAUGGUGAAGUAUCAGGUUUGGAUUUAAGCAGUCAAGUUAACGGAUGCUUAGUGACAUCAUCAUCAGAUAAAUAUGUUAAAAUAUGGGAUAUCCUUGGUAACAAGCCUAAUCUAAUUUAUUCAAGAGACAUGAAAAUGGGAGUUUUGUUCUGUGCCUCAUGCUGUCCAGACUUUCCAUUUGUCUAUGCAUUUGGAGGACAGAAAGGAGGUUUGCGUGUUUGGAACAUAAGCGAUGUAGGAGCAGUGAAUGCUGCUUUUGGGAACCGAGAAAAACUAGUGGCAGCAGGACCUUCAAGCUCAACAGAAAGUAGUGCUGCAGAAACAAACAUGGAAACCUAGCACAGCAUCACAGACGUAAAGAAAAGGAACUGGUGUGUCUUAGCAAUAGUAGUCAGGACUGGCCAAUGUCUGUCAAUAAACAAUAUCUUAAAAUAGUUACCAUUAUGGCUUUAUGAAUGACAACAGAAACAGUACCAUUGUAUUUACUGUAAAUUGUACACUCACAUUUUGUAAUAAUAAUUGAAAUAAUCAGGUUUAUUUGGUAAUGGUAAAUGUAGUUUUGGAGUAAAAUCAAAAAUUUGUCAAGAAACAGUAAAUGUAACUUUCUGUAUUUUCACAGAAUAGAUUCUCCUCUCCAAGCAAAAGUGCUCAUUUAUUUUGUGUUUGAGGUAGAGUAAAUGGACAAAUACUGUACAUAUAUUUGUACUUAUUUUAAUAACAUUGCAAGGUGCCAAUAAGGUUGCUUCAACUAUAUAUCCAUGAUAAGCUGUACAUGUACAGAUGAUUAAAGCAAUUUAUUUUACUGUAUAUGUUUUAAUAUACA